CGUCUGCGAACGUCACGCGGAUUCUACUCUUCGGAGUGGUAGCUUAGAAUCGUAUCGCUGCUUUAUACGAUGCAUCAGACUUUUAACCCUUUUAAUGCUACACAACCGUAGACGAUUACGUGUACGCAAGAAAUUCCUUUAACUUAUACCCUUGACAUAAGUACUAUCUAUGGAACACGUGUAUGCAAAGAGAAGUUUUCAACGAUUCCAACAGACGAGCAUCUAUUUUUAAACAAUGUCAACUAUGGUUUAUGAUUUCAUUUCCUAAUUGCAGGCUUUAAAGCCGAAGAAAGUUGGUGCAAUCAUAGAAAGUUCCGAAUGUAAACAACAGGUUUGUCGCAUUAAAUCAAUUAAAAAUGCUCGACGAUUAAUAAAGAAUGAAAUUUCCAGCAGAAACGAAGAGACGCAAUUUGACGAACCGCUGGAUUAUCGCAGCCGAAACGAUCCAUUUAAAGGUGUCCGAGUUCGAACUGCGGCUAAUCGAUGAGAGUACGGUAGGAAGAGUAACGCGGCGGCACGAUCGGCCUCCCCCUCCCAAACAAAAACAUGUUCAAUUCGAAGAGGGAUCCUCUUUGGAGGAUCAAGAAGGAAGCAACGAGGAAUCGAUAGGCGACAAAGGGGUUCUUUUAUACUUGGCGCAGCGAGACGGAGAAGCGGAACUCUCGCUUCCUCGUGCUCGAUUCAGGGUGGGGAAAUUCCCACCCUCCUCGGUGAACCCACCCUCCUCCCUCGUGCCUUACCGUCGGAUUCGUCGAUGACGAAACGCACGUAAAUUCGUCGACGUGCACGGUGCUGCCGCUUGGCGAAAUCAGUGCGACCCAAGUGCACCGCGAGGGAGGAACGCGGGUCUCCCGUGCGCGGCCUGCCGUUCCCGCUUGCGGCCACGCGCGCCUCUUCCAGACGGGCAUCGCUAUCAGAGAGCGAGAGACGCUCGCGUAAAUAGGUCGCUGGAUGCGCGCACGAGGCGCCCGAGUAAAUAGCCGGAGUCGAGACGGACCGAGAGCGGAGCGUGAUCAGGGUGUCAAGCAGAGGGUGACGAUCACGAUAUACAUCUUCGACCAGGGAAAUUGAAUGCGAUACGAACAUCAUCCCAGUGAUUCGAUAUUUCUUCCAGAGUGAACCGAUUCUGGUGCAUAAACGCAAGGAACAAUCAGUGGAUUUAAUACUACUUUGCAUUGGAAAUUAAGCGUUUUAGUGAACGAGGUUUAUGAACUGGACUAAAUUGCAGAAUGUUGCAUUUGUGAAAUUGCAGGAAAGUAAACAAUGAGUAAUUGUGUUUGAAUACAAGAGGAUACUUUUUAAAUUAAAUCACAGAUGGAACUAUAAAUUAAAAAUAAAAGAAGAAGAAGAAGGAAGAAAGGGUUUCUUUAGUCGAUCAACAACGAACACAGAAGCAAACAGUUGGUAUCGAUUCCCAAGCGUAGGAACAUUUUCGCGAUGCGUGGCGGCCGAACGGAUUAGAAGAGAAAAAAACGAGAGCGGCAGGUGUUGAAAGAAGAGAAAAAGCUUCGAGCAUCGAUCUUGCGCCCGGUGCAGUUACCAUGACGCGGCGGCUCGUCCGACACGUCGAACCGUAUCCACUUUCGUAUCGACUCGUCGUCCGAUUCUCGAGACGCGAUCAACGGACCCGUAGUUAGUAGGCUGCUUCGAGUCUCUUGCGAUUCAACGGACGGGUAAACGAUGACGAAGAGGACGAGGAUAACGUCUGCGGGGAUGACGAUGACGCCGCGCACGACGGGACUAACACUGGGUCUUCCCGACGGAAUGCAGGAGGCCGAUCGAACGCCUCCCGAUACGACACCCUCCUCCUCUUACGUGGUCUUCCCACGUAAACUAAAUUCUGUGACGUGUUCGAUAAAACAAUAGAGAGAAGAAAGGAAGAGAAUCGAAGAAGGGGCCAAUUUCAUUUAAAGAAAAAGACACUCGAAGAUUCGACGAGUAGUUUACUCGCUUUUUUCCCGCGAACGUGACUGAUAAAAACCGAGCGAAUCGUUCUUUGCGUCGCGAUAAGGGAACCUUUGUGUCUUUCCUCGCAAAGAUGGACUGCUGUAACUACGUUGAGGCUUACACGGGAGGGGGUCAUUUUUAUCAACAGCAACACUACUUUUGCUACGAUAACGCGAACACCGAGUACGCCGGAUACGAACCGCCUCCGAUCUCCACCGCGAUCGAAACUAGCGCGCGUUACAACGGGGCGAUACCACCUGCCUAUCCCACAGAUUACGUGUACAACCCGAAAGAGGCGAGGCUGCGGAAGGCGAUGCGCGAACAGAAUCGCGAGCUGUCCCGACGAUCGAUCUUGCAGAGCGCGAUCGCGAGAGCUGGGGUAAUCUCAGGACCGGUCAACUCUACGACGUUCUUGGAUCAUCAGCACCGUUUCGGAUGCGUGUCAGCGGCUGGUUUGCCGAUCAAUUCGACGGUGGAGUCGGAUCGAGUCGCGGAACCCUGGUUCCAGUCGACGUCCAGAACGAAAGCGAUUCACUCGCCGCGAAUGAACGAUUGGUAUGGCAACGUUGGCGAUCCGAUCGAAAGACUUCAAGUUAUGGGCGCGAUGCACCAGCGUGCACCCGACAAAUGCAAGGACGCGAUGAGAAAUCAAGCUGCGGCCGGUGUGGCCACCGCUUCGGCCGCGGAAUGCGGUGCCGCCGCGUUCUCCAACAACGGAUACCCCGUUGAUUUCAGCGACGUGAACCGUGAACGGGAGCAGCUGCGUCGUCAGGAAAAUAUCGGGGACUAUUCCGAAUUUACCGACGGCCAGAAAUGGCAUCCCUAUCAGAACGGUGGAGGUGGUCAUCAGCAUCCCAGAACGCCUCAUCCUUCACAAAUGACCGGUAUCAUUCAUCCGAACGUUCAGAGCAUCGGCUCCCAUGAACACGGACCGUGGAAUCAGUUCUGUCACACCGGUGUCCUACCCCAUGGUCCACCUAUGCCCAGAAACAUUGGAGUCCGUGGACCACGACACACCGUGUUGCUGCGGGACCGUCUACCCGGUAGACACUGCGAAUUUCCCGAGGAAACGGCACGGUUAAAUUACAAUACCAAUAAACUUAACGUAGAGAGCAUACGGGCGUCCUAUUCGCCUCCUCAGCAUCAGAUGCCGAGAUUGCUCGAAUCGUCGGUCGAUUCUAUGAUGGAUUCCGCGUCCACGACGAGGAUCCGUCGCGAGGACGAAGGACCCAGGUGGGAGCCGAACGGCAUCAACAAUGGAAUGUCCAUGGACAGCCUAGCGACGGAAUCUAACGCGACCCGCGAAAAGGAACGGGAAUCUCGUCGGUCCGCCGAGAGAUUCGAGCCGAAGAAGAAGACUGUUAGCAAACCGUUGCCCGGCUUUCAUCAGGCGUUCGGAUCGACGGAGAUCGGCAGGUUUUCACGAUCGGAGUUCUUCGUGAACAUGGUCGGCGAGAGCGGCGGAAACGUGGAAGUGGCAGACACGGAUAGUAGCAGCGUAAGUACAGAUCGUAUGUCAGAGGUAAACGGAGCCGCAGUCAGCAGCGCGACGCGUGAUACGAGCGCAACCGCAACCGCAACGACGACCGCGAGGACUUUCGAAGCCGACGCCGAGGACAGCGAAGAGGCAAGCUUGGACGAUACGAACAACGAGCUAGUCGCCACCACCUCGAUCGGCAUGUACUGCGGACAACCGAGCACCCCUCGUUGGCACAGCCCUCACGUAGGCGCCAUAGGUAGCGAAAUUUAAACACGGAUCGUUAAUCCUUUCCAGGACUAAAGUUUCAGACUGUUAAACAAGGAAGGUUGUGUUAAAAGUAAGAAUUAAUAUCGUGCUUAACUUUAUCGAAGGUCAGAAGAUGUGCCGAUAAUGUAUCUUGUAUAAAUUAUCGGUAUUUGAACUUUGAUAAAGUUACAAUGCUGCUUGGACUUUUUAGACACGAUUACAGCCUUCGCUGCUGGUUAAUAAUUGCAAUCUCUUUUAGAGUAUACUUUUUUCUUAUCGAAGACUGUAACGAUCGUUUAUAGAAUUUUUAUUUUAUAGAAACGAAUAGCCUGCGAAAGAGAUUAAUGAUGCGAUAAGGACGUGAAUUUCGUCCACUUGUCUUUAGGAUUAAAUUAUUCCCUCCGACUUCGAACGAUCCGAGAAUAUUUUCUACUUGACGAGAGCAUCUUUGUUGAAUAUCUGAGUAAUCAUAGUUAACGAAUUUUCCGUUGAUUCGUUUUAUUUUCUAAACGAAGUAACAGCAAUUUUUGUACAAAAAUCAUUUCACGGAUUUCGAACGAUCGGAGAUGGCGAAUGGCGUACGAAACGUCCCGGCAAACCACGUAUGUUUUGCCGAGAUUGUGCCUUCAAUAGGACUGUGGAAAUAUCAGAGGUCUUCGAAAUUUCUGCUCGAAUCAAAAUGAAAUCAAAAAACAGCACGAUAUUCGCGGGUCUCGUACGUCAAACGUUAAUUCGAGCAAUCCACAUGAAUUAAAAACAUCGAUUAACUAAAAUAAUUUCAAAGAAAAUUACUAUGUAAAUACUUGCAAAUGAACAAAAAUGAAGAUCUCAUCCGUCGGUAUAUUUUUUCUCUUACAGAAUAUAUUGAAAUAAUUUGUGGGUUGCUCGGACUUUGUCAAAAAGUAUAAUCAAAAUGUGUCGAUAAACGUAUCUAUAUCGACACCUUCCAACAAGUUGUUAAAUAUCGUCGAUGAUACACGAAACUGGUGUAUCAGCGACGAAUUAUAUGAAUAUAUUAAAUAUAUAUUUAAAGAAGUAUACAUACAGAGUGGGCUACGCAACUGUUUCAGAUAAUAACUCCUUACGCUGAAUUAACAGGAGAAUCGAUCUGUGUAAAAAAAAUAUGUUUAAAAAAUUGUUAAUUGCACGUGCAUUGUUUGCACUUAAAAAAAUCUAAAGGUCUACCGAUGUACCGCUCUUCAAACCAUUUAUCUUUCUCCUUUGGCACUUUUUCAUAAAUGCGUUAAGAAAGGAGUUAUCAUCUGAAAUAAUUGCGUACCCCACCCUGUAUAUAUAUUGUAAUUAUUUAUAAUGUAUAAUGAAAGAAAGGAAACGCGCGACGAAGAAGUACAUAAGUUAUUUAGUAGAAUAUUUAGGCGACACGUAUUGCCGCGCGGAGAAACGUAUAAAUAAAAGUGGACAUAACAACAGCGAACGUAGAAAGUCGAGAAACCGACGAACACUUUUGCUCUUCUAUGUUUGUUAAAGGGAAUGCAUGGUUUUUGUUAUUUCGCAUUCAGAACUCGUUUACCUUUGAAACGUGCAAAGAGAUUGAGAAUCUUUUCAAAAUAUCGUAAAUUGAUGGGGGAAAAAAAGAGAAUCGGUUAGAAAAAAAUCAAGAGGAAAAAGAAGGAUUUAUCAAUUAAGACCGUAGACAGUAAGAUUCGUAGCUUUAAUGGAAUCUCAAAGGAAGAAUUUGGAUUUUUUAUAUACCCAUUUUAACGUAUAUUUAAUAAUAUAUUUACAGAAACUUUGGGACCUUUUAAAAUAGCGACAAAUGUUUUUUAGAAUCGUUCGAUUAACGCGACGAUGGUAGAAUAUUAAAUUGUGUGAUAAUUUAGGGAUUCCAUUUAGUAGAUUUUAUUAAAAUUACAUAGGAUAAUUCUUAGGUAUUUCAAGAAUGGUUCUCUAAAUUUUAAUUAACGAUAGCGUAAAGAGUUAGAUACUAUUUUCUUUUUUAAUUCUCUUUCAUCGAGUUCUGAAUCCCGUGCAGGCACCUGUGACUUAUCGAGCGAUCUAUCGGUACAUCGACUUGACAUAAUUCGUGCCAGCUACCCUGUACCUAUAAUGGGACCAAAUUGUGAAAGAAAAGCUUUUAUUUCGCGUUCACCGUCGCGCUUACGUCCCACGUAUUAUUAUCGGGUAUGAAAAGAACUCAAUCGCGUACUGUUUGCUCGAGCAAGAAACGAUUCAUGUUAAAAAAUAAAAUGUUCCUCUCACGAGGAACGUCGCGUGUUUUAAUAAGAAUAAAAAUGGUAAGUUUCGUCGAGCAGACGGUCAACUUGAAUCGUUGAAGAUCGUUGUUCAAGUAGAGAGGAGAUAAAAGUUUAUAACGGAUACAUUAGGAGCAGUUCGACCUUUUUUUCUUUCUCUUGGAUGAACGAACGUCCGGGAAGUAUGAAAUGAUGUAAAUGCUGUGAUUUGUUUUAACAUUAAACAAUGUAGUUAUAGUAUUUAACAAGCGUGAAAAUGCUGGAUAUCGUCGCGACGUCACGAAUGACGAGUUGUGAUAGAAACUUGAUAAGAAAUUUUAGAACGAUUCGUUGCUUUAAUCUUUGAAUUCUGUAUAAGAGCACAAAUAGAUUUAAUUUGUUAGAUAAUUGAAAAACAUUGGAAAGGGAAUAGUUGAAGAAAUCCAAAUUCAGUAGGUUCUACUGAAAUUUCAUUGAAAGUUUGAAUAAUUAAUUGUACCAUUUGUUUAAAAUGUUUCCUGGAUGAUCCAAAAAUUAAAGCAACGAACAAGACAUUCUCUUGAAUUAUAAUCAUGCCAGUUUCGUCUCGUAAAACUCGAAUCCUAUAAGGAGAUUUUAGCGAUCCGUUAAUUACUUGAAAUUUUAAUAAUUUUGUUACUUUAUUGAUCUGUCGCGUUGGCGAAUACGGAUUGUAACAUAGAAAUUAACCACGUCUCUAACGAUUAACCGUAAACCGUAAUCUACGUUUCAUUAUCGGCAACGAUAUUAAGUGUAGAGAUAUAGUUGUAAAAGUGUGCGAAUCAGAAACGAUAAUGGGGGAAAAAAGAUGAAGUAAGGAACGAUGUCGAAUGACAGGAAACUUAUAACAUAUUGAUAACUCGUAACGACUUUCUGUCUAAUUAUUAGCAAUCUAUUCACUCUAAUCGUUAGUAAACGCGUUUAGGAAGCCGAAGUGUAUAGAAACGAGAAACGAUUACGAACCAUUGUACAUCUUUUAAUCCUACAAGUGCCAAUGUUGGUGAGAAAAGUCCUUAACAAAGGCUCGUGUUAUUCUAUCGAAUUCCAUCAAAUGUCUAUUUCGCGACAGCUUUAACUCUAUCAAUUUUCAAAGAUUCAUUGUAUUUAUAUCAUAAUCUCUAAAAUUCGAGUGCAAUAUAGGCUUUCUUUGGCUAAGGGUGAAAGUCCCAUCACCUUUGAUAUUGGGAGAACUCAAAACUUCUUUUUGAGAAACCUAAAUUGCACACGGUUUUACAUCUAUAACUGAACUGUUUAAUUGAUAAAUUAGACAAGGAAGGAAAAUUGAUAGAGUUAACGCAGGCAGAAGUUAAAGAUCAAACAUGUUUUCAUUCAUACGUCGUGUACAUUGAAAUAUGGGUACAGUAGAACCUCACCUAAUCUCUAAUUACAGCCUGCUUGUAUUAUAUACGUCCAUUUGCAACCUGUUGGUGUUACUUUGUUUUCUCAGUUAUUUAAUUAAUUUUCUGUUGUUCAUUCAGGUUCCACUGUAUCAUUGAGCUUAAAUUCAUGUUCAAAGGAGCCCUCAUACGAUCGGUACAUAUUGUCAAUGCUGUCAAUAUUUAUUAACAAACUGCAUUAGCCUGGUACGUUGAAUAUUUAUUGACAGUACUUUGUGUCUAAUCAAAGGAAACUUUGUACAGUCAUCAUUAUAUUUAUUGUCAAUAUUUUGUGAAUACUACAAAUAUUUUAUUUUUCAUCAGACCACAUCAUCAAUAUUUUAAACAACGACGGUACGUCAAUCUGUUCCUUCAGACGUUCAAUAAUAUUGACAAUGUAUAUUGAUCGUUUGAGGUCACUUUGUAUUGUACACGUUACCGGUUUGAUGGAUCGUAACCCUUUAACGACACUCCAUGAGAGGAAAUUAAAGAAAGAAAGAAAAAAAAAAAAGAGUAAUGUUUAAAGAAGAAUAAACGGAUGUCUAUGCGACAGUAAAGAGAGGAAGAGAAAACAAAGGAGAUACAAUGAA